CACCCUACACGGCUGAACAACGGAUCGAUAAAUUUUUAUCCUAGCUUGUUAGCAAGAUUUGUAGUUAAAAACCUAUCACAGAAAUAAAUAUUUAAAAACAUCGAUAAUCAAUCUUUUAAUUGAAAGAAAAUUGAAUAUCAGUUUAUCGAACUAUCAUAUUAUCCACUCUUACGUCAGAAUGAUUGUACUUUCAUGGUUGCUUCCAUUGGCUUAUAUCAUAUGGUGGGCGGAAUCCGCGGUUCGAUAAGUUCGAAGUGCGAGCCUGGGAGCAACAGGCCUGCAAGCUCGAGGAAGUUCUCUGAAUUUUCAGGAUACGAGAUACCGUUUAUCUAUGACAGAAUAUUAUGUUACAGAAGCAAUUUUCUAAAAGUACCUCGCCCACGGUGAAUCGUGUUUAGUGGUCAAUCUUAGGUUUAAAGUUUCCAUAAAUUAGAUAGUGAAAAAAGACAUUGCUGACUCGUAAUCCUUUUGCGUCUUCUCGUAACAAUAUUUCGUGUAAUACGUUUAGUGCAAUAAAUUCCUAUAGUGCAAUAAAUUCGUACAGUGCAAUAAAUUCGAUGUUCACAAUGACGAUCAAUCCAGCAGAUUUUAUUACAUCAAAACGAUGGAUCUUGUUCUUUCUGUUUAUGUUGAGUCAAAUGAUCAAUGGUCACGAUGACGUGCAUACUCCUCAGUACACCAACGACAAUUUUUUCGCGGAAAUUAAAAAAAAGAAUCAUUUUGUUAUGUUUUAUGCACCAUGGUGUGGACAUUGUCAAAGACUUGGACCUACAUGGGAACAGUUGGCGGAGAUGUCAAAUGAAGAAGGCAAUAAUAUAAGAAUUGCAAAAGUUGACUGUACUACCGAGAGUACUUUGUGUAGUGAACAUGAUGUCACUGGAUAUCCUACGCUGAAGUUUUACAAGGCUGGUGAAACCAAAGGCAUUAAGUUUAGAGGAACUCGAGAUUUACCUUCUCUGACUUCUUUCAUUAAUGACCAACUAGGUAGUUCUUCUCCGCUUGAGGAUGUUGCCCCUUCCCCUCCAGAAGCAGUGAAUGGUUUAUUAGAGUUGACAGAGGAUACAUUUGAGAAACACGUUUCCUCUGGACAUCACUUUGUCAAGUUUUAUGCACCUUGGUGCGGACACUGUCAGAAAUUGGCACCGACAUGGGACGAGUUAGCCAACAGCCUUCGUCAUGACGAUGCAGUUGGCAUUUCUAAAAUAGACUGCACUCAACAUCGCAGCAUUUGCGGCCAAUUUGAUAUCAAAGGAUAUCCUACAUUGCUGUGGAUUGAAGAUGGAAAGAAAGUAGAUAAAUACACUGGUCAGCGCACCCACGAGGAGCUCAAAGCCUACGUGUCGAUGAUGCUGGGCAAGAACGCUGACGAAUCGAAUCAGAAGAGCGAAAGCAACGAUAGCACGCCGCAUGCCAUACUAAGUCUAACUGCCGAUAGUUUCCAGCAUGGUGUAGAGAAGGGACUCUCGUUUGUUAAGUUCUUCGCGCCCUGGUGUGGCCAUUGCAAGCGUCUCGCGCCCACGUGGGAGCAGUUGGGUAAAAAGUUCUUUGGCAACGAGAAUGUGAACAUCGUAAAGGUCGACUGCACGCUUGAAACAAGCAAAGAGUUAUGCAACGAGCAAGAGGUCGACGGUUUCCCGUCGUUGUACUUAUAUCGAAAUGGACGCAAGGUCUCCGAGUACAAUGGCUCGCGCAAUCUCGAUGAUCUCUACGACUUUGUGAUGAUUCACUUGCAGGCGCAUGACGAGUUGUAAUCCCGCGCACCUCGACGCAGCGCUGAAAUUGUGUCAGUAAUAUUUCCAAUCGUAUUGUAAGUAAUUUAAUUGACUCUACAUAUACCAGCGCAACCGGUGCGUCGCUGAUCAUUAUAUCUUGCCAUCGAAUUGCAAGCAGAAGCGAUAGCUUUUUCAUUUUUAUACCCUACAUCGGGGAAAGAAACAACACAGAAAGAAAGAGGAUUGUAGAAUGUGUAAGCCCGUAAUGGGGAGAAAUGUACUUCCACAAUAUAUCUUUACGAUUGUCCUACCGUA